AUGAAUUGUUACAGCUAGCGUCGCGCAGGACUGGCUGCACAAAACGGGUGCGCACUGCUUGGUUUCUUGCAGGAACUGCACGACGUGUACCUGAAGAAUGGCUUGUGCGUGCUACUCAGCCUCCAAGUUGUGGACUACGAUAAGCCAGCGACUUACACCGGUGUCCAGCUGAGCAUUUUGAGCAGUUUUGUAGACUUCCUUGUUGUGAACACGCACUACAGUGGAGACUAUGGCCCCUGUCGGGCUACUCCCACAUCAACCUUCAACCAGCCAUUGGCCACCUGUAUACCACAGGUGCCUGUGAACCUUGCUCUAGAAUGGAUGCACAAUGCUACUGAAGGGUCUCCACACAUCUGCUUUUCUGUGGACAUGAGAGCUUUUGCAUACCACAUGUAUGGACCCACGGUAAUGGAUCAAGUGUGCUACAGUGAGGAACACUUGCAUUAUGAACAGGUAUGCGGCAAAGAAGAAUGGACAUAUAAGCAGGAUGAUUACACCAUGACUAGUGUUGGGCAGCUGAGUAACAUUCUUCACUCGUUUGAGACACCAUCAACUCUCAUGAACAAGGUAAUCGCUGCUUCAACGAGUGUUCAGGCUGUCUGUGUGGCUGCUUUCAACUAUGACUACGAAGACUCUUCAGGACGUUGCCAUGGAACUCCUUAUGCACGCAUGAAGGCUCUGAGACAGUGGCUAGAUGAAAGUGUAAAUACAAAGAAAAGCAUACCCAGAAUUCAAAAAGGCUUUGUAGAGCCAUCUGAGACAGAAGGGGGCACUGCAACAACAAGCAGCAGCCUUGAAGCCUACCCUUCUGAGCGACCUUUGGUUUGUGUGAUCUCCAAGAAUGUUAAGGAUGAAGCUGCUGUCCCCCAGGGAUAUUGCACACAUCUAGUCUUCUCGGGAGCACUCUUUAAUCAAGCCACAGAGACCAUUGUUGUUCCAAGAGGAACAUGGCGCUGGAGGCAGCUGCGCCAUGACAUGUCGCUCUUCCUUGGUUUUGACGAUGACAGCCUCAUUGAUUACCUCAUCACGUAUGGCUCCAAAGCGGGCCUGGCCUUUGGCAAGCGCUCAGCACAAGUGCUGAGAGAGCAGGGUUUCAAUGGACUUGCUUUACUCAACGUGAACAGAACAUCUCAAAGCAUUGCCAAAUUGUCAGACUCCCUUGCUGUGAUUCAUGAAUUAUUUGGCAAUGACUUGCAAAUUGUAGUCAGCCUGGAUGUUGUCGACAUUACUGCACCUCCAACUGUGAUGGCAGUUCGCCUUCAAGACAUAUUCAGGUUCAGCCAUUUGGUGGUGUUCCAGACCCACUACAGGCAGUCACCUGGCUACUGUGAAGUGGCACUCCCAUCCACGUUCGAUAUGCCCAACCAUUCCCCAACUCUUCCUGUGGACACCGCUCUGCGCUGGCUUGGACAUAUGGGUACUGGCAAGCAGGCAUGCUUUUCUGUGAACCUGGCCAUUAUCGAGUUCUCAGCUUCAGGUGACUCCUACCUUUGCCAACAGCGAAAAGUUCUUAAUUAUGCUGAGGCUUGCGACACUGAAAAGUGGGUUGAAGUUCGACAGCCUCGCGGUGCACUCUGCACUCUCCGGCAAAAGGGCAAGCGCUGGCAGGCAUAUGAAACUGAAGAUCAACUGUCUGCUAAGGUUAGCAAAGCCUUUGAUCGCAACACAGGAGCAUGUGUGGCAUUGUUUAAUGUGGACUAUGAAAACUACAAUAGUGGAUGCUUUCAAAAGUUUGGGCGAAUGACUUCAGUUGUGCAGAAAAAAGUUGAUAUACCAGGCCGAAGGCUACCUCGAGGCAACCUCAUGUCGUUGCGUGUGCCCACCUCAAGCCGUCCACUGCUUUGUGUUCUUAGUGAAGAGUGGACAAAAAUUGAUGAUGUUCCCGAUGUUUACUGCUCCCAUUUUGUUAUUGAUGUGGCGCACCUGACCUUCAAAACUGGUUUGACCAAAGACCCAGUAACGGUACUGAAAGAAAAAUUCGGCAAGAGACGUCAGUAUUUGGUAAAAGUGUCGAAGAUACCCCUGCGGAAUAUCUCGCAGUAUGCUCAGGAGCUGUCAGCAUCCAUUUCAAAGCUACAGUUGAAUGGAAUUGCAGUGCUAAACCAGCAUAUAGCAUCGCCUCUUUUGUCCUCAUUUAAUGAAAGGCUUCAGCAAUUUAGGCUCUCACUAGGAAAGAAUCUAACCUUGGCUUUGGGUCUGGAGAUACCAGAUUUUGAUUUGAAGCCAAAGGAGGUUGCUGAUCGACUAUUGCCACUUACUAGUGCUGCCGAUGUCAUCAUUUUGCAAACACACUAUCGACGCCUCUGGAAGUUCUGCCGGUCAGCUUAUCCCUCUAUCUUCCAAGAGAGCAAUAACACAUGCCAACAGUCAGUGCCUAUGUUGAAUGCUCUGAAGUGGGCAAAGCUUAUGGUGACAAACAUACACAUUUGUCUGUCAGUCAAUUUGGCUACCCUACGAUUUCACUAUGUCGACACGCCUGGUUCGGAUCUUCCGUGCACCAAGUCUCGAGAAAUACCCAACUACUGUGAAUCUGGCUUAUGGAACGAAUCCAAUGAUGCACUGUUCUCCAUGAGUGCACAUCGGCACACAGAUGGACUGUGGGAUGCAUUCGAAGAGGAGCUACUGAUCAAAGCCAAACAUCUUUCAUAG